CCGGCCGGGCCGCUCUCCCAGGCUCCGGGCUCGCAGCGUGGGGGGCUCCUAGGCUGGUGCCGCGGGCGCCGCCUGGUGACUCUGUGGCGGGGCGGGGAUGCUGCUGCCCGGGGCCGCAUCCCGCUGCCGCCGGGACUCCUCUUUCUCCUGCUGCAGCCGCCGGGCACCUCCCAGCCCCCUCCCGCCGCAGCCGCCCGGGAGCUGAGCCCCGAAGCUAGCCGCACCAUGAGCAGGAACCAGCCCCGCUGGGGGCACCGGGAAUCAUAUGUAAAAGACAUUAAAUACCCAGAGUCAUCAUUCCUCUCUGAAUGCAGAUCGCUUUCAUCUCAGGCAUCAAAAGAACAAAAAAUGCCAAGUCUAAUGUCUGACCACAAAUAUCUGAAUAAUAAAGCCUCAGGAAGAUCAUUGGGAUGUUUUCCCUUUGAAAGUAACUGGAGGAGUGCAUUGUUAAAGACAGAAAGGAUAAAAAAAGCAGAAUACUCUUCAACCUUUGACUUGAGAGACUGCGAGGAGAGUGCUGCAGUACCAAACCUUACUCAAGGAGUCCAGAGCUAUCAAGAAAACCCAUCUCCUAUUCUGCAGAUGAAAAAAGGAUUUGCAUAUGGUGCUGCUAAACCAUUUCCAACUGGCUCUUAUAGUGAAGAUGAGCAUAAUUGUGUGCCAACUUCAUACAUACUUCCACAGACCUCAUCACAGUACUUAGGAUACGAGUUUUGCAAAAAUAGGGGAGACAUAACUGUGGUGGAUCUGCAGAAGAGAGGACUAGAUUCUUGGAACCCAAGUCCACUGAAGAUGCCAGCCAUUCAUGAUGGAGGUGGAGAGAUAGGAGCUUUGAGAUCCAAGAAGAAUAACCACAUUUCCAGCAUAUGUUCACUUCCAGCGGGACCCAGAUACAAGUUUGAGGCUACUUGGCACUCAGAGGGCUUUAUGAAGUGUUUUGUAGCUGUAGACUUCACAGAAUCUUCCCACUAUCCACAUUUUGCACAUGGAGAAACUGCGACAGAAGCUGUGACUGUCAGAGCUGGGAUUAGAACUGAAGUUACUGAUUGCUAAUCUUGUGCUCCACGAGUAGAAUACUGGUCUCUAAACAGUAUGAUGAGAUCAGAGAAAAGAUUACUCGAAUGAACCCACUGACCUCCAGUGUCACUACAUUUGAGGAGGAAAGUAACUACCAACAAGUACAUGAAACAUCUGUGUUGUAACUUUUUCAUUAGAAGACUAUCUCUGAAAAGUGCUACUUCUAAACUCACUUGACCAUAUUAGCCACUUAAACUUUGUUAUGCUGAAAUAUCGAUCUAGCAAGUACCGUUUUUAGGUUAGUUUGGUUCCAAAUCACAAUUGUAUUUAUUCUGCUUGGAAGGGUUAGUAGGUAGCAAAUUAAUCUGUCAACAGUAUCCUGUGUAAUACUUUAAUAUUUGUAAUGAUACUGAAAUAAAAAUGUCUCCAGAUACAAUGCAUACCUUUGUUAUUAAAAGCCCCUUAUAUAAAAAUAUUUCUGCAUGUGUAGGUAGAUGAGCUAAAAAGCAAUGUGAAAAGAAGUAGGAGAAAAUGAAUAAUAGUGGGACUGAAAACCAGACAGAGAUCUGUUUUUUUU